AUGUGGAUUGCCUCCUCUGCAAUGGGCCCGCAAUACGCUGUGUUGUUGGCGUGCGUCGUCGCGACCAUGGUGGGGCCUGCGGUGACUAGCUUUCCCUGGACGAGAAAUAUGACCAUAAAAAACCCAGAAAACAACCCUACAUUCAACGACGCAGAACUUGGGCCCCUGCAAGAUGCAUGGCAGGUCCUGGAAGAAACAUCAAAGAAUACGUACUUCCUGAUGUUUCGCACCCAAAUUCUUUAUUUUAAGAGAUGUCUCCACGCAACAGCAAAUAUCACAGACAAAACAAACAAAACCGCUAAUUACAGAAUCACAGUCUACAAUCGAAACAAAAAAAUAUACGAGAAUACCACAGUACAACUGAGAGCUCUGAGUCAAACUGACUACCCGCUUGAAAACGUUAUACGGGCAAGCUUGAAAGAAAGACUCCCAAGUGCUACUCCAGUUCCCCCAGGAAGCUACACGUACGCUCAGUAUGAUAACUCCAGCUGCUAUUCCAGAAGUACUCCCUAUCCUGAUAGAGGUGUUGCUUCGAGGCCUCAGCCCAGCGCACGAGAUUCUGAUUCAACCGAAAAUAUCCUAAACCAACACUUCCCUUUUCCGGAAAAUCCUCAGUAUAUGGACAUGUAUGUGGUAUACAGCGAGCCGCAAUGUUACAUUCUCAGGAGUCCUGCAGCCCAGGGAGGUUGCGAUUUGUGGCUGAGAAAAACCGAGUUGAAAAGUAUAGUGGAUGGCCUGAAAGAUGAGAUUAUAAAAAAAGAAGAGGAACUAAUGAAGGAGUAUAAGGGAUGGUAUGACAUUAAGGGAAACUGUACACUGAGAGAUUAUCAAAAAAGUUUCAUAGAAACAAAUGUAGGAGAGGACAUUGAAAAAUGGUUUCAAGAGGUUAUAUUUAAACGGAUUUCUGCCGAUUGCACUCUUGCCUUCAUGAUAACUUGUGGAAAGCCUGCAUUUAGAGUUUACAAUCCGGUUAUGUGUAAUACCACACUAACAGGACAAUACGAGCCAGUUUCCUAUAAU